UGUGUGUGUGGGCUAGGCUCGCCGCGGGCUCCCGGCUCCGCCGCUCUCUCUCUCGGUCGUGCGCCCCGGGCUUUUGUGGUGGAGCCGUCCCCAGCUUUGUGUCCCGACUUCCGCGCGGCCCCGCGGCGCCGCUCCCGGCACCGGAUCCCUCCUCCCCCGCCCCGGACAGCAGCAGCGAGCGAGAGCGAGGAGAGCGAGCGAGCGAGCGCGCCGGCGUGAGCGACGACCGAGGGGCCGCGGAGAGGGGGGGACCGAGCCGCCGUAGCCGAAGAUGCCGGAGUUCCUGGAGGACCCCUCGGUCCUGACCAAAGACAAGUUGAAGAGCGAGUUGGUGGCCAACAACGUGACGCUCCCGGCCGGCGAGCAGCGCAAGGACGUGUACGUGCAGCUCUACCUGCAACACCUCACGGCGCGCAACCGGCCGCCGCUCGGCGCGGGCGCCAACAGCAAGGGGCCCCCCGACUUCUCCAGCGACGAGGAGCGCGAGCCCACCCCGGUGCUCGGCUCCGGGACGGUCGCGGGUCGCGGCCGCGCCGCCGUCGGCAGGAAAGCCACAAAAAAAACUGAUAAGCCCAGACUUGAAGAUAAAGAUGACCUCGAUGUGACUGAGCUCUCUAAUGAAGACCUUCUGGAUCAACUUGUGAGAUAUGGGGUAAAUCCUGGUCCCAUUGUGGGGACAACCAGGAAGCUGUAUGAGAAAAAGCUGUUGAAACUGAGGGAGCAGGGGGCAGAAUCGCGAUCUUCCACCCCUCUACCGACAGUCUCUUCUUCAGCAGAAAAUUCAAGACAGAACGGAAGUAACGACUCUGACAGAUACAGCGACAAUGAGGAAGGAAAGAAGAAAGAACACAAGAAAGCGAAGUCCACUAGGGAUUUUGUUCCUUUUUCUGAACUUGCAUCCGCUCCCUCUGGUGGAUUUUUUCAGGGUAUUUCUUUUCCUGAAAUCUCCACCCGUCCUCCUCUGGGCAGGACUGAACUGCAGGCAGCUAAGAAAGUGCACUCUGCUAAGGGUGCUGAGCCAGCCUUGCUGGGGCAGGGGCAGACAUCCAUUCCUUCAGAAUCUAGCUAUGAUAGAUGCGUAGAGAAAAGUUCUCCGUCAUCUUUUCAGCGUGAACUCUCUGCCAGGUUGGCCUCUGUGGCCGCUUCUCCUUCACUGAUCAGAGAGACCACUACUAGCUACUGUAAAGACACAGUAGAAAGCAUUCACCGUGGAGGGAGGCGUAGAGCCCAGCCGGCGUGCACUGCGGGGUCUGAGGCUUCGGAGCAGUCAGUUCUCUCUAGUGAAAGGGAAGUGCUGCAAGAGUCAGAGAGAUCCCAAGUCAUUUCUCCACCGCUUGCCCGUGCAAUCAGAGACUAUGUCAAUUCUCUGCUAGUCCAGGGUGGGGCCGGCAGUUUGCCUGGGGCUUCUAGUUCUGCCCCCAUACUGGAUAUAGAAAGCAUAUGUAAGAGACUCAGCCAGUCUGGCCGUGAAGAGUCUGGAUCCCUGUCUCCUCCCCACAAAGUCCCUAAACUCAGUGAGACGCCUGUAAAAGAAGGGAAUUCAGGGUCACGUGUGGCAUCUCAGGACAAACCUGAAUCUGAACAUAUGUCUGCUUUUGCCAAAAGUGUUGUCUCUCGUUCCCUUACUACCUUAGGAAUAGAAACGUCUAAAGCACAUGAUAAAAUAGAUGCCUCAGACCCGUCUUUUCCUCUGCAUGAGUCUAUUUUGAAAGUAAUCGAAGAGGAGUGGCAGCAAAUUGAUAGGCAGCUGCCGUCAUUGGCAUGCAGAUAUCCAGUUUCUCCCAGCGAGGCAACACAGAUACUGUCCGUCCCAGCAGUAGAUGAUGAAAUCGUGGGGCUCGUUUCAGAAACCACCCCAGGAGCAGCAAGUCAGGCGUCCUCCGUUGAGUCUUGUGAUAAACAUGUGGACUUGGCUCUCUGCAGAUCCUACGAGGCUGCAGCAUCCACAGUGCAGAUUGCCACCCACACUGCCUUUGUAGCUAAGUCUCUGCAAGCCGACCUGAGCCAGGCAGCGCAGCUUAUUAGUUCAGACCCGAAUCAUCCACACCGAGCACUUGAGAUUCUGAGCAGAGCCUACGAUGCAGCUUCAUAUCUCUGUGAUGCUGCAUUUGAUGGAGUGAGGGCAUCUGCCCAUGCCAUGGGGUCUUCUACUGUGGGCCGGCGGCAUCUGUGGUUGAAGGACUGUAAGAUUAACCCAGCUUCUAAGAAUAAGUUGACUGCUGCCCCCUUUAAAGGUGGGACAUUAUUCAGAGGGGAAGUACACAAAGUUAUUAAAAAGCGUGGAAAGAAACAGUAAUAAAGAACAGAGACACAAGUUUUGACUUGUAGAAUUUAUGAGCUUCUAGGAAUUUUCUUUUGAGGCCUUUUAGUCGCAACAGAGCUGAUUUCAGGUGUUAAGCUCCCACUCAUCAAAGCAUAGUCUGAUCGCACAUCUAGAAGCCUAAUAGAGUUUAUCUAACACUUUCACACACGUCUUACACUGUUUCUUCCUGGUUAGUUUAUAACUGUGGGUUUAAAAAAGAGUUCCAGCAGCCAAAAUAUCAGUAGAAUCCUCAGUUUUUGUUGUUGUUGUUUUAUUUUGUUUUGUUUUUGACUGCUCUUUGUAGCCCUGGAUGUCCUGGAACUCACAGAGAUCCCUGCCUUUGCAUCCUGAGUGCUAGGGUUAAAGGCGUGUGCCACCACUGCCCGGCAGCCUCACUUUUUUCCCUCCUUUUUAGCAGUAUCAUUCACAUGCCCUUAAGCCUAGAUCAGAGUUAAACAUUGUUAAUCACUUGAAAUACUAUUCUUUUUUUUCUUCUCAAAGGAAUUUAUUUUGCACACUCUAGUGUGCAGGAAUGCCGAGUCUCACAGCAGUGAUAGGCUCGCGCCCCGUGAUUUCGGUCUGCUCUGCUCUUUGCUGCUUGUUUUCAUCACACACAUCUCUUGCCGGCCACCUCUGUAGCGGAACUCUUCAUCACUCUUGGCUAACUAGAUACAUGUUCUAAAAUUUGUCUGCAUUCUUGUUCGCACUUUUGUCUACGGCACACUUCAUGAUAAUGCUAGAUCAUUGUAACUCUUUGAGUGCCAGUGCACAGACUGGCUAAUUCAGACACUGCAAGAAAGGAAGGGAAAGGGCAGCGUCUUGGUGGUCCAGAGGCACGUGCUGAGUGCAUAUGGCCCCGAGUUCAGUCCACCACCCAAAAACAUGUGAUGAGAGUUUAAAUCUAGAGAUACUUUGUAGGAGAACGAUACGAGAUAUGUGUACACACAUGCUCACGGGUGUGCUUAUUUUUUUAGUAAGCUAAUUUUAAAAGCAAUAUCUAGUUGUGCAUUCAGAUAGAGGAGGUAGCUGGCGGUUCAUAGGUCACACAAGCACGAGGACGACACUUUGAGGGACGCACUAUGGGUGGUGGGAAGAAGAUAGUCUGUUCACUUAGCAUGACUUGUAGAUGAGUAAGACACUACAAAGACAGGGCUCUUUUACUUACAUGUACUUAAAAGGGGUGUGUUGUAUGUCCUGGGUAGUUAAAUUUCAGAUCUGAAUGCCAAAAUUAGCAAAUUUAAAUUAUUUUCUAAAAACCUAUACUCGGAUGUCUAUGUCUGUAUGAAGCAAUGUAUUACCCUGUUUUCAUUUGUAUGGUGGUAAGGUAAGGGAGCUUGACUAGAGAGACAUGGCGAGUAGUCUGAGCGUGUCCAUGUCUACUCCUGUUGUGUUCUUAGGCUCCACAUUCCAUCUGCAGCUGUGGUAUUUGUCUUCUGAAAUGUACAUGUGUACAUGUACCUGUUGAGUACUGUGUGAUUUCUCUAAAGCAAUGUAUUACUGUAGAAUGCUUCUACAAAUUCAAUAAAGUUGUUAAAUUUGAACA